AACAACAUUACAAGAUGAAAAUUUAGAUAUAUUAUUAGCUAUAGAUACAUUAACAAAAACCAUAUGUUUAUUAAAUAAAAUAAGAAAUGAUGAAGAUUCUAUAAAUAAUCUAUUAGAACUUGCUGAAGAACGUAUGAUAAAUUACGAUGUAGAUGCUGAUGCUAAAUUUGGUAAAACACAUCGACGUCGUUUAAGAUUAUUGUAA